GCGGAACUGGAGCAGGCCGCGGUCUGUGGUCGGUCAAAUGUCAGCCGCGCGGCCGGGACGCGCGGGGAGAGGAGCGAGGACGAGGAGGAGGAGGAGGAGGAGGGCCGCAGCCCGAGGCUUGAGGGGGCUCGGCGCGAGGCGCGGCCGGGCGAGGCGCGGCCCUCGGCCUCUCGGCCGCCGCCCCAGGCACGGCGGGUGCACGGCGGCGGCGGCAGCCCGGCCUCUCGUGCCGCCCGCGCCUCGCCCCCUCGGGCGCGCCGCUCGCGCCGCGCCGCUCGGCGCGCCGCGCCGCGCGCGCCCGGAGGAGCCCUGACUAACCAGCCUCGAACCUAUCCCUAUCCCUGUGAUGUCAAACAUAGGGAUAGGGAUAUGUUUCAAACUGGUAACUGACGCCCGACCUGGCUCGAGACGGGGCGCGGGCAGAUGCGCUCUGGGCCCUGGCGGGGGGGCCGACCGGGCCGGGGCGAGGGCCGAGGCCUCCUCGCGCCGUGGGCCAGGGCCACGGGGCCGGCGGGGGUCGGAGUGCGAAGCCAGGACCGGCCCCCUGGCAGAGCAGAAGCACGAAUGCUCCCUCCGAGAAGCGGGCGGUGCCUCCUCCGAAGGCCGCGCGACCUCGCCCUCGCCCCGCUCCGUGCCCCGCCAGGGUGGCAUAGCGCGCCGCCCGCCCACCCCGAGAAGAUUGCUGAGAAGAAAUUCGCGCUGGAAAUCGCGCCCUGAUAAAUAAAGCCGGCACGCCGACCUAGACAUCCGACGGACCUGGCGUUCCAACCGCAGGCCCCAGAGGUCUCGACCCGUCCUCUGGGGCGGAGGAGGAGGAGGAGGAGGAGGAGGAGGAGGAGGAGGAGGAGG